AUGAAGCGCUUCACCCACCGCGGGUCUUCCGGCGGCCCCCACCCGCCGAACCUUUGGCAUUCGAGUUCUCCGCCUUCCGGAAGCCACCUCCCAGAAGGCCGCGAGGCCGCACGAGUGGAAAAGGCGUUGCGCAAGCGCAGAGAGCUCUGGCGUAGAGACCGGUGCUCGCGCACGCGUCUUUCGGCCCCGCCCACCGGGUUCCGCGCAAUCCACGCGUUACUUAGGUCACCACUGCGCAUGCGCCGUGAGAGGAGGGACGGUCUUUCGGGGGAAGGGCAGGGGUGGGCCUCGGCCGGGGUCUCACCGCGGCUGCGCGGAAGGGAGCCGGGCUGUAACAUGGCGACUUGCGCUGAAAUCCUGCGGAGCGAGUUUCCCGAAAUUGACGGACAGGUCUUCGACUACGUAACCGGCGUCUUGCACAGCGGCAGCGCGGACUUCGAGUCUGUGGACGACCUGGUGGAGGCUGUGGGGGAACUGUUGCAAGAGGUGUCCGGGGACAGCAAGGAUGACGCGGGCAUCAGAGCCGUGUGUCAGCGCAUGUACAACACCCUACGCCUGGCCGAGCCACAGAGCCAGGGAAACAGCCAGGUGCUGCUGGACGCCCCCAUCCAGUUGUCAAAGAUGACGGAGAACUACGACUGUGGCACCAACCUUCCAGGACUGCUGAAGAGGGAACAGUCCUCGACAGUGAAUGCAAAGAAGCUGGAGAAGGCUGAGGCUCGGCUAAAGGCAAAGCAGGAGAAACGUUCAGAGAAGGACACACUCAAGACCAGCAAUCCUCUAGUCUUGGAAGAGGCAUCAGCCAGCCAAGCAGGCAGCAGAAAGGAGAGUCGGUUGGAAUCAUCUGGCAAGAACAAAUCCUACGAUGUGCGAAUUGAGAACUUUGACGUGUCCUUUGGCGAUAGGGUACUGCUGGCCGGUGCAGAUGUGAACCUGGCGUGGGGCCGCCGCUAUGGGCUAGUGGGCCGAAAUGGGCUGGGGAAGACAACACUGUUGAAGAUGCUGGCCACCCGGAGCCUGCGAGUUCCCUCCCACAUUUCCCUGCUGCACGUAGAGCAGGAAGUUGCUGGAGAUGACACCCCUGCCCUGCAGAGUGUGCUGGAGAGUGACACUGUGCGAGAAGACCUUCUGCAGCGAGAGCGGGAGCUCAGUGCCCAGGUUGCUGCUGGCAGGGCUGAGGGUUCAGAAGCUGCACAGCUGGCAGAAAUAUAUGCCAAAUUGGAGGAGAUUGAGGCUGACAAGGCACCUGCCAGGGCAUCAGUCAUUCUUGCUGGACUUGGCUUUACCCCUAAAAUGCAGCAGCAGCCCACCCGGGAGUUCUCAGGUGGCUGGAGGAUGAGACUGGCUCUGGCCCGGGCCCUGUUUGCUAGGCCAGAUCUGCUGCUGUUAGAUGAACCCACAAACAUGCUGGAUGUAAGGGCCAUACUGUGGCUGGAGAAUUACCUGCAGACAUGGCCCUCCACAAUUCUGGUUGUCUCCCACGAUCGAAACUUCCUGAAUGCCAUAGCCACAGACAUCAUCCACCUGCACAGCCAGCGGCUAGAUGGUUACCGGGGAGACUUUGAGACCUUUAUCAAAACCAAACAGGAGCGACUACUCAACCAGCAGCGUGAAUAUGAGGCACAGCAGCAGUAUCGCCAGCAUAUCCAGGUUUUCAUUGACCGGUUUCGCUACAAUGCCAACAGAGCCUCUCAAGUACAGAGUAAACUCAAGAUGCUAGAGAAGCUGCCAGAGCUGAAACCCGUGGACAAGGAGUUGGAAGUAGUGAUAAAGUUCCCUGAUGGGUUUGAGAAGUUCUCACCACCAAUUCUGCAACUAGAUGAGGUGGAUUUCUACUAUGAUCCUAAACACAUCAUCUUUAGCCGUCUCUCCGUCUCUGCUGAUCUUGAAUCCCGCAUCUGUGUGGUUGGGGAGAAUGGGGCUGGGAAGUCUACCAUGCUGAAGCUGCUUAUGGGGGACCUAACACCUGUUCGAGGCAUCAGACAUGCUCACCGGAAUCUGAAGAUUGGCUACUUCAGCCAGCACCACGUGGACCAGCUGGACCUGAACGUCAGUGCUGUGGAGCUGCUGUCACACAAGUUUCCUGGACGUCCUGAGGAGGAGUACCGUCACCAGCUGGGCCGGUAUGGCAUCUCUGGAGAACUGGCCGUGCGCCCUGUUGCCAGCUUGUCUGGGGGCCAGAAGAGCCGGGUAGCCUUUGCUCAGAUGACUAUGCCCUGCCCCAACUUCUACAUUCUGGAUGAACCCACAAACCACUUGGAUAUGGAGACAAUUGAGGCUCUUGGCCGUGCUCUCAACAAUUUCAGGGGUGGCGUGAUUCUGGUAUCCCACGAUGAGCGCUUCAUCAGGCUGGUGUGCCAGGAGUUGUGGGUGUGCGAAGGAGGCGGCGUCACCCGGAUUGAGGGGGGAUUUGACCAGUACCGUGCCCUUCUCCAGGAACAGUUCCGCCGUGAGGGCUUUCUCUAG